GGCCUGGGCGAGGGCGGCAGCCAGCAAUCGAAGCCCGAUGACCAGGCGGUCGGCAGCACAGGCAGCAACUUCAACGACUUGCUCAGGGCAGAGCUCGGCAGCGCGGCCAGCCAGUCAGCAGCGCCCAGCAGCGCGACGGCGCCCCCCGUGGAUCUAGAUGCGGAGCUCGCCGCGAUGUUUCAUCGCGCGUUCGGCGAGGGCCAGGCGAACUGCAGCGACCCUCAGGAGGAGCAGACUGAGCAGGAGGAUGGGGAUCCCCCUGCGCUCGGGCUGAAACACAAGAAGGACAUCAACUUGGAAGAGUGCGCGAGGAACUCUUUCCAGCUCGCCAUGAAAAGCCCCGUCGGCAAAAGGUUCUAUAUCUGGCUGUGCAGCCACAUGGGGGACAAAGCCAAGUGCGACGCGAUGUCGACGGAUGGGCAAGCACAGCGCCGAGCAGAGUGGGCGAAGAAGAAGUGCGACGUCUACUCCAGCCACAGGACCAAGGUCACGAGAACCACUACGCAGAGGGCAAAGAAAGGGCAGAUGAUGAACAGAGAUCAAAUCAUCGCCGCGGAGGGCGGGCGAGGUUCGCCCAGCGCCGCGAAAGGAGCCAUUCGGAUCGCGGGGUGGUGCACCAAGCGCGGGGCAGAGUUCUGCGAGAUCAACGAGCGGUCGGGGCGCGUCAUGUUCGACUACGAGCGGGAGACCAGGAUGGAUGCCGAGAUCACGAACUGGGACGACCACGAGGAGGAGCGCGACAGCGAGAACAUGGCGGCGCAGGAGGAGAAGAAGGGCCUCGAUACACCCAUGAAGCAGACUGUCAUCGGAGCACCUGCAGCAUCUGGAGCAGUUGGAGCAUCGCCUGGAGAGCCUGCAGACCAGUCGAAGCCUCAGACCAGCGGAGGCCAGCAGGCGGUGGUCAGCCGAGGCGGCAAGAACAAGCAGGGUCGCAGAGGCGCUGGCGCCAAGAACGAGACGGAGAAGAUCAAGCAGGCCACGGAGAUUGUCAAUCAGUACUCGCUGACUGUCAUGAAGAGCGACUCCUUGUUGCACAAGAUUGCGCAGCAGAAGGAGGGGCGGGGCAAGUUCGAGGCGUUCAAGGGCGACUUCGAGACUGCGCUCGCGAAGCUCAAGCAG